GAGCUCCACCACGAUAUCGCAGGCCAGGUUAGGGUGCAGACCUCUCGGGGGUUGUGUGCGAUUGGGGUUCACGAUGCCGAACCUUCUGCUGAGCAAUUCCCCAAGAGAAAAUCUUAUACCAGUGACAACUGACCCAAGCAAACCAAAUUAGGGCACCGUUCACUCCCCAUUGAGCUCAUCUCUUCGCCCAAUUAACUCUCCGGUCCACCAUUGCCAUUGAGACUCAAUAGAGGCAUUCUCAUUCAGUCCUCCCUCCCCAGUCACCAGUCUCAAUAGCUCUUCUCUCUCACACCCACCCACGCCUUUUCCUCCCCACCGAUUCCACAAUUUCCUUCACCAACCUUUUCACGAGGCGAAAAUUUUAUCCUCUUUGCCUAUUUUCACCCUCCCUAUCACAGGCGCAAACUCGAUUCCUCACGCAUCAAUUUUUCAUCAUGUCCAAGUUUGUCAAUUAUAUUUUUGCCGCUUCCUUCUCCUCAUUGGAAGCGCCUUUGCCGCAACCCCUGUGCCGCAAAUUCACUGGCACCACUAUCCCUCGGGCGUACGUCGUGGACCCAUUCAAAGUUGCAGCGCAGUAUGACGCGGUCGAUUUCUAUUCCAAUCAACCUCUCACGCUUGACAAGCGGGCGCCGUCAGGCUAUUGUGCAUCCUUCCCUCCGCCAGAUAUUUACAUCAAGUAUACUAAUCAUAACCAGUCUCAGCAUUCAAGAAUUCGUGGGGCGCAGGGCAUUUCGAAGCCCAGGCCAAGCAAUCUAAAUCUGGUGGAGAAAGAAAUUUCUCUCGAAAGAAGCGCAGCGCCCCCCCAAAGCUGGCGCGAAGAAAACAUGACAUUGUUCGCUACGAAUUAAGGCCUAGAUUGCCAUUCGUCCUUGAGCAUCGCCUCUGGUACCCUGUCGAACAAGCUUGGCAGAUAUAUAAUUACGACAAGAGCUACCUUUCUUCCGUCCAAAUUGAACGCCUCGAAGCUUUGCACAAGGAGAGAAAUGACGCUUUAGAAAUGAUGAGGGGCGGGCACUUCUCGUAUUGGAGACUGGUCAGAGACGCGGAAAUCGGGAUGUUUGGAGACUCGCCAGAGUUUGGAAGCAGGCCAAAGUCCGGAAGGAAAACCCCUUUAGUCGGUCGAGGGAUAUCUGAGCUAUUCUCGUAUAAGGUCAGGCGGGGAAAGUCUGCUCGUUUUCGGGCUGCGGACGGCUUCCAGAUCAAGGGUCCACAAUUGGAGGUAAUUUUCCUGCACGAUCCCCGCGCUCACCUGUGAUAAUCGGAAGGCGGUUUCAGCUGCCCCCACACAAAUUUACGCAGAAAUUUCUAUGCUCAACACGGCCAGACCCGUGCAAUGGAGCACCUUCCCUCGAAACCUGUACUAACAAAAGUGAAUCAGACAAGUGUCGGAUCGCGCGCCCAAGAAAACAAACCUGCAUUUAGUCCACGGGUUCACGGUCAAGCCUUGGAAUGUGAGUAUAGGACCCCUCGGCUUUGGAUUGACGCGGAAAAGUACUAAAACCCUUGGAAGGCAUUGCGGAAGAGGAUAUCCCUGAACCACCUGCAAGAAAGUCAGUGCGCCCAUUAGGAUGCACGCAAUCUGUUCAAGAUAAAAUCACGGUCUCUUCAAAAUCUGCCUGCCUCCCGGCGGUACAAUCGUUGGUCAACGCUAUGCCGGAGCCUUGGAAUACGACGCUAGAAUCGCUGAAUACCAAAAGGCGACAAAGCAUUGACUCUGGCUUUGCCGAAUCGCGCAGUAUGAGUUCUUCAGAGGCACCGUCGGCACCGUCACCACCAAACGCAAGUGAUUCGAUGGCUGCCGAAGCACCAGCACCUGCGCUUGACGACAUAGCCGAUCCAUUCCGUCAAGAAUAUUGUGCAACAGUUUCUCAGACACAUCAGAGCUACAGUUUCCCACUUUAUGAGGAGAAUUUGAGCAGAGUUCAAUCUGCAGUAGACAAGGCUUCCGGUAUCAGACAAUGCAGUAUCGACUCCUUGAAGAGGGUUUGCAGGGCCCGCCGCAUGAAAUCGGCUGCCGUCAUCCUCACGCCGGAUAUCCAGGAAGAGGAAGGGGUACCACUAUUCAAGCCGUGGACCAUUGGGGAGCAGAGCAUUUCGACCUAUCGUAAUCCGAGAAAAUGGGUUUCGAUUGUUAAAGAUAAGGUUAGGGGAGUGACGAUGUGAGAGUUGAGGAUACUUGUUUAGAGCUUGGGCUGUUCGUUCGUUGGAAGUGAGUGCUAGGAAGUGAACGUGGGCAUUGUACGGUCGAGAUAGCUUGUAGGUGGCUGAGAUGGGUAGAUGGAUUGGUAAACAGAUAGAUGGAUAGAUGGAUGGAUGGAUGGUUGGAUGGUUGGUUGGUUGGUUGGUUGGUUGGUUGGUUGACCGGAGGGGCCGCGAGAUGUAUGUUCCUGAGUAUCCUCUACAUGCACGAUAUUCACGAUCCAUAAUAAAUAAUAGAUUUGCUUGUUUUCGCCUCCGGCGUAA